GCAAUAAAUGUUCCAUUUUGGAAAUACUUGGCUCUAUAAAAUCGAUGGGCAGGAUGUUGUGGGUACCAUUGUCUAUUUUACUUUCAGUAUUACAACUUUAGGAAAAAUGAAGGGAGCACUGGUGAUACUUCUAGUCAUAGGGCUUGUCAAUUUAAUAAAAGCCGAUGAUGGCAAAUAUCGGCCCGAGGUAAAUGGUGACAAAAGCGGUAAAUACUUAGCUUCAAAUGAUGGAAGAUACUACGACUACAACAGAUACAAGAAUUAUUUAGGACCAAACAGAUUUUACUAUCAAAAUGCUUUCCAACCUCAAUAUUAUCAACCUUACCAACAACUUGCUACGCCAUUCGCUACAUUAAAGAAAGACGCCAGUGCGGCUGUCCCCGUUGUUAAUAAUCCUCAACCCGUCGUAGUAACGACGGCGCGUCCCGUUUUGUCCACCGCAGCACCGAUUCACAUAUAUCCAAAAAGUUACGGAAACGAAGGUUAUGCUAGAAUCUUAGAACAAGACAGCGAUUCUAACGAACACAGCUACCAGUACAAAUACAGGACUGAAAAUGGUAUAAAUGCUGGAGAAACUGGAGAAAUAAGCCCAUCUGGAGGCACCAGAGUCAGAGGAUUUUACGAAUAUGUUGGAAGCGAUGGUCUUACUUACCGAGUAGACUACACUGCUGAUGAAAAUGGCUUCCGUCCCUCAGGUGCUCAUCUUGUUUGAAACCCUAAAUAAAAUUUCGUUAAAAUAAAUCGAUUCGAAGAGCAA